AUUAUUAUUAAUUAUAAUAUCAUGUCCCUAGGCCUUGUCUAUAUAUUCGAAGUUUAGGGUUUCUUUAAACUGAGCCGUCAGCACUCUUCCUCUCUACUAUAGAUUGUUUGCAUCCGUCGACUUGUUGGCGGUCAUCAUUUGCGUGCAUUUUGUUUGAAUCCAUCUACUUGGAGUUCAUCAUCUUUUAUAGGUCUUUCACUGUUAGGUUGAGCAACUUCACAAGAUUCAUAUCCUGAGUCUUGUCUUUUGAGCACUGUUAUUGCUUUAGACCCUGCAUAUGGUGGCUCUGCUUCUGCAGCCCUUCAAAAUUAAGAUCAGUUUGAUAUAAACAUGCUUACAAUAUAGUUGAUUUACGCCAAACUUUUGAUGGCGGUUUCAUCUCUCCCUUGUAUUCAAUCUUUAAGAGCUCCUUUCAAAGUCUCUAGUUUCUUAUCUGCUGGUGUUUGUGGCGGAUUCAGCAAGAAGAAAAAGAUAAAUGCUAUUGUUUUUGCUUCCUGGAGGAAAUUAGAGAAAGAAGUCUACCUUCAAUCAAAGGUCGAUUCAUUGUUGGACGGUAUAAAAUGGGAUGACAAAGGUUUAGCAGUGGCUAUAGCUCAAAAUGUUGACACUGGAGCGAUAUUAAUGCAAGGCUUCAUCAACAGGGAUGCACUAGCUACAACUAUCACUUCUAGGAAGGCAACAUUUUUCAGUCGAUCACGGGCAGCAUUGUGGACAAAGGGAGAAACCUCCAAAAAUUUCAUCAACGUUCAUGACAUAUUUGUGGACUGUGAUCGUGAUUCUAUAAUUUACCUUGGAAAGCCUGAUGGCCCUACCUGCCACACUGGGUCAGAGACUUGCUAUUUCACAUCAAUAAGUGAUCUUUUGAAGGAGCAAGAAGUUGAACAAAAUAACUUGGCACUGACAACUUUAUACUCAUUAGAGUCUACAAUUUCCCAACGAGAAUCAGAGUUAGCAGGGCAAAAUGGAAAGCCCUCGUGGACUAAACGACUGCUACUUGAUGAAAAUUUGUUGUGCUCAAAAAUCCGGGAAGAGGCAGAUGAGUUGUGCCGAACACUGGAGGAGAAAGAGGACAGUUCACGCACUGCCUCAGAAAUGGCAGAUGUGAUUUACCAUGCCAUGGUUUUGUUAAGGCUGAAAGAUGUAAAGAUAGAAAAUGUUGUUGAAGUUCUUCGGCAAAGAUUUUCACAGUCGGGUAUAGAGGAGAAGCAAAGCCGUGUAACAACACAAAGCUAAGGCAUAAGCUGUUGUACAUUUGCCAACUAUGGUGUAGAUUGGCAUCUUUUAUCGUAUGCAUGGUUUUGUUCAAAUUUUUGUUAGGACCUUGAAGAUUCUUCUUUAAAUAAACUUCAAUUUGCUAUGGCCUAUUGAGUGUAAAUUUAUAUAAUUGAAAUAAUCCAUUUUGUCAACUUUUUGCUACUUGAGAUUAUCGAAUUUUCUUAUCACUGGAAUUAAAAGACUUUUAACUUAAUGCCGCAAAAUAAAUAAUAAAAAUAAUAUUCUUUUUUAGUUCUCACUCGGAUUCUUGUACCUGCUGGGCUUCACUAAUACAAGGAUUUUCACAACCAAGUUCAGUUUGCUUGGAUUAAUGUUAGCAAAGGCAGGUUUUUCAUUUGUGAAGUAGAGGAAAUUAGUUAUAAAUUGAAUAAAGGAGAAGAAUGAUAUUUAACAUCUAUUGUUUGGUUUUAAAAAAUACAUCACCAAGAUAGUUGAAUCUCAAUCUGACCAUAACUUCGCUAACACUAGUUUCAUCAUAUCAAAAUUGAAUGUAAUAUGAAUUUACAAUAUCACAAUAAUCCUAUUAGGAAGAUGCAAGGUGAAGCAACCAAAUAUUUUUAUCACCCAGUAAGUUUUAAGAAAAAUAUGUUUUUUCAACGACAACCAUUCUGACGUUAACCAAAGCCUGGCUACCCAAAAAAAAAAAAAAAAAAAAA